AUGAGGGAGUUCAAAGUUGUCGUUUUGGGUAGUGGAGGUGUCGGAAAGUCGGCGUUGACGGUUCAAUUCGUCAGCAGCACCUUCAUCGAAAAGUAUGAUCCGACGAUCGAGGAUUUUUAUCGAAAAGAAAUCGAGGUCGACGGCCAACCAUCAGUACUGGAAAUUUUGGACACAGCCGGAACAGAACAAUUCUCAUCGAUGAGGGAUCUGUACAUCAAAAACGGACAGGGAUUCGUCGUGGUUUAUUCGAUUACGAGUCAACAGACAUUCCACGAUAUUCGGAAUAUGAAGGAGCAGAUUGUCAGAGUCAAGGGAUCCGAAAACGUUCCAAUUCUGCUGGUGGGAAACAAAUGUGAUCUUUCACACCAAAGACAAGUCAGAAGUGAAGAAGGAUUGGCUUUGGCCGAAAGUUGGUCAUGUCCAUUCACCGAAUGCUCCGCCAAAAACAACCAAAACGUCAACGUAACAUUCGCCGAGAUAGUGCGCGAAAUGAAUUAUGUGCAGAGCAGAUCAAGACAAAGCAAAACAUGUUGUACCCUGAUGUGA